GACAAAGUAUCUUUUGGCUUCCUAUUAAAAGAAAAUAUGAAAAUAAUCUGAUAGUGACAAUUAUUGUCACUGUCAGAUUUUGACAUUUGUAUCGGUGAUGAUUUCGUGGCCAAGAUUGUUUUCCGCAGUAAUUUCUAAUUAAAUAUUAGUAUUUAUGUUGAAUUUGUUACUGUCGCCGUGAAAACUGCAGAACCAUGGGUGUGGCCAUUAGCAAGUACUCUGAGAUUUCUUCAAAUGAGCUGUUGGCGAGGUUCUGCUCUGACGAAGUGUUGUGCCCGAACGAACCUUUCUGGAAUCAGAUGCUGGCAUUCAAUAUCAACCCACCCGCUAAUGCUGAGGAACAGCUGAUUUUCGACUCCAGCUCUGAAGCUCUGCUGCAGAAGUUCCUCCAGAACAACCUUCAGACUGGCAACCUGGGCUCUCUUGUGCAAGUGUUCAUCACCAGGGCUACGGAGCUGCUGGCCACUCCAAAUAGUGACAAUGUGAUGUUAGCCUGGCAGACUUUUAACGCCCUGUUCGUAAUACGGGCUGUGAGCAAGUAUUUGGUAGAGAUUGUGCCGGAGUAUGAACUAUGCAGACAUUUGGAUGUACAAGUGGAACGACGGACAAAUGGACCCGCGGACAAUAGGGAAUUGGAUACGGGAGGGGGCGGGGUCUCAGAAGGGGGCGGAGUCCGCAUCGGUGACAGCCGCGUCGAGAUGUUGAUGGACGCUCUCAUAUCUGUCAUCAUUGACGCUCCUGUCACUGACAACACAUACUACCUUCACCUGGAGUGCAUAAACACCCUGCUCGUGUUGAUGUCCGUGUACAUGUUCGCCAACAUGCACGGGCAGGAGAGUUUAGUGGAGACCUCGCUUAUAUACAGGUCCAUAUACCAAGGUCGUUACGGCAUGCACGCGCCGCUGCUGGUGAAGACUCUGCUCCAAAACCUGUCCAGCAUGCUGCCCGCCCCCCCUCAGAUGUUCGGCACCGCGGCCCCGGGGGGCAGUCUGCUCAUCAACAUAGCCUCGGGUCUAUGGAACAUGCUUUCGUUCCAAGCAUCAUCUCGACCAACAAUCUACUCGCAUCCCCCACCAGACCUCGCGUCCACAUUGCCCCUACUACGAGCCCGGCAUCCGCUCGCAAACCAAUCGACUUUACUACUGUUAGCGCUCGCUAACCACUGCAUCAAUACCAGUAACUUGUAUAGGAACGCAUUGUUGGCAUGCGAAGACAGCGCGGAGGCAUCGGCGACUACGCCACAACGUGACAGCAACACUACGGGAAUGCAAGGCACGCCCCCACGGAUUGAUAUGGCCGCGUUGCACAGAGCUCUGUGCGCGACGGCCGGCUGUGAGCAUUCCACCCUGUUCCUAUACCAAAUGUUGCAUUCGUGUCGCGCUUAUAGAAGACAUUUGGCGAAUACAAGCGACAUACAAAAUUUGAUAGUGCCCAUUCUACAAGUGUUGUACAACGCGCCGGACAACAACUCUCAUCACAUAUACAUGUCGCUCAUAGUACUUCUAAUAUUGACAGAAGAUGAUACUUUAAUUAAAAAUGUGCAUUUAAUUACACUCAAGAACCCAUCUUGGUAUACGGAGCGAACGAUAUCGGAAAUAUCUUUAGGCAGUCUCAUGGUAUUGGUGAUAAUCCGAGCUUUACAAUAUAACAUGGCCAGAGUGAGGGACAAAUAUUUGCAUACCAAUUGUUUGGCUGCAGUCGCCAAUAUGAGCUGUGAAUUUAGGAAUCUCCACCCGUACGUAGCGCAGAGGUUAAUAUCUCUACUGGAAACUUUGACUAAAAGAAGAACUAGAUUGUGUAGUGAGAUAGAAGGUGGUGAUAUAAAUUCGAUAGAACUUCCCCAUCAAGCUGAAGAAAAGACGGAGGAAAUAAUGGACCACAUCAGCGUGUUAGAUGAAGUACUCCGAAUGCUGCUAGAAAUCGUCAAUUCGUGUCUGACGCGACAGCUACCCAACAAUUUGCAUCUGGUGUACGCGCUACUUCAUAAACGGAAACUGUUCGAGCACCAUUCGAGGCAGCCGAUAACGCAGAACAUCGAGAUGGUGAUAGGUUAUUUCUCGUCCCGCCUCCAGAGAGUACAAGAUGGCGCCGGCGGUGAUUUGAGCGUCGCCGAAGUGUUGCAAUGUAUCAAGAAAGGCGCGGAACAAUGGUCCAGCGAUAGGUUGCAGAAAUUCCCCGACCUCAAGUUCCGCUACGUAGAGGAAGAGAAGCCAGGGGAAUUCUUCACCCCCUACGUUUGGGCCCUCAUAACCGGCUGUGGGGCAGUGUAUUGGGCCAGUGAGGGAGGCACUAGGGCCAUGAACGAACUAUUGGCUUGCUGAUCCAAUAUGAACUUUAUCGUCAUAGAAAUAAGUUCGUAAUCCCUUUGAUUUCGCCUCU